AUGGAUCUGCUCGACAAGUGGGACCCUGAGUUUAAGGAUGUCGACACGCUUAGUCUGGAUGAAAUCUAUCAAGAGCUGAGUCGCCUCGAUGCUUUUGAGCGAUAUAUCAGUUCGAAGCAAUAUGAGACGAGCCAUCCCCGCAAGAACGGCAAGGAUGAUAACAAUGCUGGGAAGGAUAGUGAGGACAACCUGGAGACCAGGAAGAACACUGUACUCCGUGACAUCGACACGCGCCGCAUCGCCCUUCGAGCAGGGGCAAUGGAGCUUUCACGCGCAAAGAUUCGACCAAUUACAAUCGUUGAUUUGCCUGCAGAUAUUCUGCUCCAGAUUUUUGGUUACUUCCAGGACGCAAGGAUCAAACGACAGGCCGAUAUUUAUCCUGAAAUUUUCAGGUGGUCGCCGCUCCGGGACCGUGAAGAAGGUAUUGCCCGUCGGACUGCCCGCGAGACGAUCCGCCAAACCCGCCUCGUCUGCAGCCUGUUCAACGAUCUGGCGUCUCCGCUGCUGUGUCCAAUCCUCCGCGUAGAUCUUGACCAGGAAUCGCUGAAUGGAGCGGUGGAGUUGUGCAAAUGUCCCCGGAUAGCUCAAGGAGUGCAUGUCAUCCAAGUCGGGCUGCAAUACCGUCCAGAAGAGCUUGUCUCAGACUGCCCGCGAUUCAAGAGCUAUUGCAAGCAGCAAUUGUAUGAAGUGGCCCAUCGCUGUGACUGGCUCGGGGGGUAUUCAUCGGACGAUGAAACAGACCCAGAAGACCUGAGCGAAUAUGCAGAAGCGAGACACAAUUACCACAAAAUCUGCGAUUCGUGGGACUCCUAUUUUCACUCCGACGAGAGUGACGAGAAUGACGAUGUCGCCGAAGCAGAGGCGGAUGAGCACAUGGAGAUCUUCGUCCAAGGCUAUAAUGAAUAUUGCAAGAAACAUGAAGAGCAGCUGCAGCUCAUCACCAGUGGAUCCUUCGUCACCACGCUUGCAUCUUGUAUCUCCCAACUGCCCAAAACGAUUACUCUGGGCUUCACCGACAAAAUGGAACCACUAUUUGAUUGGUAUAACCCGUCAAUUGUACUAAGAGACACGAGUUUGCUUCCCGGAAAGAUGAGCGCAGCGCUAGAGUGGGAAAAGAUCGGCGAUUUGCGCCAUGGCAAUUAUCCCUUACUUGAGCGCGAUGCCAAACUUACGCCCGCCAGGAUCUUGUUCGACCUGCCGGUUGCCAUACACAAAGCCGGAAUCAAGCUGAGGUAUCUUUACCUUGGGCCGUUUCCAUGGCGAGGCAGUUUUUCGCUGCUCUGUCCCGAUACUGGGAGCAAUUCCACCGAUCCAGCAGCAUGGUCGGAUCUUCGAGCGGCGUGCAGCAGCCUCUGGACAGUCGAUUUCGGAAUGAACUACGCCAAACUUCGCGUUCGCCACGAGCACCUCCGACCGGAAGAAAGGUACUAUGUCGAUCAGUACCUCACCACUGUACUUUGCAGUGCAGAUCUGAAAACUGUAUCGUUGGACUUGAGUUCGUUUGGCCUCAGUGAUGGCCGCACCACGAUGGAGGGCUGGUACGAUAUAGACCCUGUUCUUAGUGCUGUCAAUUGGCCACGCAUCGAAGACAUAACAAUCUCGCACGUCUCUGUGAAGCAAGAUGAGCUAGAGAGGUUUUGCACCGGGCUGGGACCCUCAACGCGGCGCCUUUCAUUGUCCACUAUACACCUUUUGGAUGGCAACUGGGAAGGUAUUCUUCGUACAUUGGAUGAGAAGGUGCGGACUACGUUCCGUGAAGAGAAUGUCAGUGUAUAUUUGGAUCAUCCGACCGGGGGAGAGUUUGGAGAGGUAGAGAUCAGGGCAAGAUCCCCUCCCAUAGGGUUCGAGGACUCGGAUGACGAGGUGGAACCGCCCAAACCCCCUCCUGCGGCAGGGGAGUUGUUGAAGAAGCAAUACGCUUCGUUGUUCACUCCUUGGUGGCUGCGACACUGUCAAGGCCGAUAG